GAGGCGGUGGCAGCGCCAUGUGAGUGAGGUUCCUGGCUGUGUGUUUGGCGGGUGUUGGGGUUUUAAACCCCUUUUCUUCUGUGAUACCUGACUAGCUGAAGCAUCCAUCCUGCUGCCAAUACCUCAUAUACUCACUGAUGUUCCUUGUAACAUCUCUUACACCUGACUUGCGUACUUCAGGUUUUGAUAAGAGCGGAUGUUUCGUGUAAGAGAAGCCAAUCCGUUCCUCUUUCCACUGCUGUUCUUGCCAUCUACCUUCAUCCAGCACUAUCCACUGCUACAUUACCAAGCGUCGAUCAGAGGACCCGCAUUCUUACCACUACCACCAGGGAACCAUGCUGCUAUGACUGGUGACUAGCCGUGAGGGAUGAUUUAGUUUCGUGAUGGGCAUCACUGCUGGUUCUGGCAGCAUGGGUGCCGGGAUGGCUGGCACACCCAUAUCUAGGCGGCAGAUGCGGUUUUUGGUGGCUGUCGUGUCUGUCCUUAUGUUUGGUACAAUACUCACAGCCCUCAAUGUCUAUGAACUACACAAUCUGACCCGUGAACACAGGAGCAGAGACCGUGCCCAUGGUGAGGCAGUGGCAGAGGCACGAGGGAUGAGUCAUUAUGCACGGCCUGUGGCUUGGGUCCGUGGUUCUAACAAGGGCUCAGGGUACCUGACUCACGUCACCAACGUUUUUACUAGGCUAGGCUAUGACCUGGCAGAUGAUGGUGAGGACUGGGAUGUUCUUUGGUCUCAUAACUAUCCCUUUAAGGAACUCAAACAGAUGAUGACCCAUCUCAAACCUCACCAAAGAGUUAAUCAUUUUCCUGGCUCAGGCUUCAUAACUAAUAAAGUUAAUCUUGCCGUUUCUGGAUUGCCCCAUAUUCCUAAAGCCUUCAGGAUGCCAGCUGAGAAAUCUCAACUCUUGGAAUAUGCCAAGAAGAACCCCAGUAUGAUGUUUGUGCAGAAAUCCAACAACCAUCGGGGUAUUAAAAUUGAGAAACUGAUUGCCUUGGACUUGGGAGCUGAGGGAUCUUUUGUCCAAGAAUUUGUCCAUAAUCCACUUCUUGUGGAUGGGCACAAGUUUGACAUUGGAGUGUAUACGAUUAUCACUUCUAUACAACCUCUUAGGGUGUAUUUAUAUGAAGGAGAUGUUCUUUUUAGAUUCUGCUCAGAAAAGUACCAUCCUUUUGAUCCUGAGAUCCGUGACAAAUAUGUUGUUGGGGAUGACUACCUCCCAACGUGGAAAGUUCCAUCAUUAAAGCAGUACUACAAGGAUUUUGGCUUUGGCAUGAGACGUUCAUUUGAUGCAUGGCUACGAGCUCAGGAUAAGAAUCCAGAGAUGGUGUGGAAUUCUGUACGGGAUGCUAUUCGUAAUGUGUGUUAUGGAAAAGAGGCAGCACUUAUGGAGGCCACAUCGCACUACCCCAGCUCUUCAAAUUUUUUUGAAAUGAUGCGAUUUGAUUUUGUCGUCGAUGAUCAACUUAAAGUUCACUUAAUGGAGGCCAACAUGUCACCCAAUCUUUCAUCUGCUCACUUCAAGGAGAAUCGUCUCCUUUAUGAGCAGGUGAUUUACAAUCUACUUUCUUUAGUUGGAGUGGGCCGUGCUGUACACUCUAGUAGUCUGGCCUCACAUUCUUCUGACGAGUAUGAAAUGCAGGUUGCACCUAAAGAUAUUAUGGUAUUUCCUGACCAUUGUAUGACAAAUUGUCAGGAUAGUACUAGUGCAUGCAGCAAAGUUGAAUGUCAACUAUGCUUUCCAUGUCUCUCAAAAGAACAGCUUGCUGACUUAUCUCGUGCAUACUUAGAGCAUCAGCAGCGGGGGGCAUGUCGCCGCAUAGUGCCUGAACCUAUUAAUCCUGACCAUGCUCAUGAUGCUGCUAAUAUGACUCUUCUUACUCCAGAAAAUACUCUGCUGACAGAAUGGUUCCGGGGACAGUGCCUUAAUGAUAAAGUAUUUUGCUUAUAGCUGUUUAUCAACUGCCACAAUAUAAUAUUAGUUAUAACAAGUACAAGAGCUAGACAAGUGUAGGGUUAAUAGGGUCAUAUGAAAGAAAAUUGUUUUACUCAUCCUUGGAAUGCAGUUCUUUUUAACAAUAAGAAAGUGACAGAGUGAUAAUCAUGACAUACACUGGUAGGCAUUUUGCAGGAUUUUUUCUACUCACAGUUUCAUCUAUGAUAAUAUGUUCUAUCAACUUCAUCAGAAGCAGUGAAAUUCAGCAUUAUAGCUUCAGUUUAGCAUGAAGUGUUGCACAUCUGUAAGCAGUGUUGAGUUGCAUAGCAUUAGAAAGAGUUUUUCCUUUUAGAUAUUAACCCUUAAACUGUGUACAAAGUACCUGUAUACCAGGGACCAAGGUGUGUACAAUGUACUUAAGCACUAAUUUCUUGUGCCUUCAUGUAUGCAGCCUGUUGAUAUAUUUAAAUUUAGCCCAACUGGAUGCCCACUAUCUCCUCACACUUGGGAAAAAAUUUAAAACCAGGCUCAUCCACACAGUGGAUUUGAUUGUGCCACUGCCACCUUCCUUACCAACAACAGGGUGUGGAAUUGGCAGAUAGAUGCCUUAUUCACUCCAAAUUCAUUACAAUUUCAUGAUGCUAAGAGUCUAGUCAAAACAGGUGACUUAUUUCUAUGUUUCAAGGAGUAUCACGCCUUCAUACAGUAUUAAGACUUCUUUGUAAUAUAUUUUUUACAGUUCUCUUGAGUGCACAGGUGUUAUGGACACACAUAGUGCAUUAUGUAUAUUGAAUCCAGGAUAUUCCCUCAAGGGAAUAUGAUGGGGCUCUUGAUCCAAGGAAUUGGACUUGUCCCUUCCUUUCUUUGGACUGAUCCUGUGUGAUUCCCAUUCCCCAGGCACUGUAUGACCCCUACAAGCUUAGUGCUUUCCCUUAAUUAUAAUGAUAAUCCUUUUCCUAGUCCUUGGAUUGAAUCUAAUUCCUUCUAUUUCCCUGGCACUGUAUGACCCCACUGGGUUGACCACUUCUCCAUAAAUAUGACAUAAUAAUUAACCCAGGAUAACGGUCAAAGAGUACAACUCAUUACCAUGUUCAGAGGAGUCUCACACCUUGAAACAUUUGUAAUAUCAUAAGAUUUUCUUGUACAUAGGGUUAGAAGAUGAAGGCAAUAAAAAAAAAAGAUGGAAAAACAAUUAUUUGUACCAAUUUAUAUUGUAUAUUUCAAGUGGGGCAGUGUCAGGAGAUGCAUUUCCCUAUGUUUGAAACACUUGUAAAACUUUAUGCAAUACAUAUAAUAUCAUUAGAAACUUGUACAUAGUUUUAGAUAUUGAAAUGACCAAGAAAAAGAAAAAUAAUGGCAUCAAUAAAUUGAAAAAUGUAUACAUAUGUGUACCAAUGAAGAAUUUGCACCGCUGUUGCCAACAAGUGAUCAUUUUUCACCAGCUUCAACACCCCAUAAAAUUAUAAAUUAUCAUCGAAUUUUGUUUAAUUUUGUUUCAUUCUAUGUUCUGUAUAACCCUUUCAGGCUUAGUGCUUAGCUUGAUUGCAUUACUAUUGUUUUAUUCUGUUCAGAAAAGCAAAAUGUUUCAAACUAUAUGAUAUUUUUUUUUUUUUUUUAAAUUUUGACAAACAGGAAAUUUUAUUUCCUAGUAUGUCACAGUUUAAGGGUUAAUAACAUAUAAGAUAUAUUAGUAGAAUAAUAGGACCAAUUAUUUAAAACUGUAAAAUUUUAAAUAUUUUUGACUUAUCUAGCAUUAGUGAGAGAGAGCUUUAUUUUAAGACAUUCAUAACAUAUCAGAUAAUAAUAGUAUGACUAAUUAUUUAUGAGUGUAAAAUUAUCAUUGAACUCAUAGAUUUAUAAUAAAUAUUAAGACUGCAACAAGCAGGAAGAGAAAUGGAUUUAUUUGUUGAUUGUUAUUGUUUCAAUAGUCUGACAUUUGGAACAUUAAAGCUUUUAUGAAAGA